GACUACAACCGGUGCGUGGGGGAAUUUGGAUCAGGUCCCCAUUGCCUUUGUGGCCUGGUUUCGGGGUUUAGAAUUUCUCUCUGGUUCUCGCUCGCUCCCUUGCUCGGCCUGAAAUUUUCCUGCUUUUACGCAACAGUGGUGACUAUGAGGAAGCUCAAGUUCCAUGAGAAGAAACUUCUGAAGAAGGUGAAUUUUCUCGAAUGGAAGAGGGAAGGAGGACACGGGGAAGCCCAUGUUAUGCAACGUUACCAUGUCACCGGCAGAGACGAUUAUAAAAAAUAUUCGAGUUUAUGCUGGGUGGUGCAGAAGCUUGUGAACAUGUUGAUGACAAUGGAUCCGAGAGAUCCUUUCCGUAUCGAGAUGACCGAUAUGCUCCUUGAAAAGUUGUAUAACAUAGGUGUAAUCCCCACUAGAAAGAGCUUGGCUUUGUGCGAUCGCUCAUCUGUCUCUUCCUUCUGCAGGCGCAGGCUAUCAACUAUAUUGGUUAAAUUGAAGUUUGCAGAACACUUGAAAGAAGCUGUUACAUAUAUUGAACAGGGACAUAUCAGAGUUGGCCCAGAAGCGGUUACUGAUCCAGCAUUCCUUGUCACCAGGAACAUGGAGGAUUUUGUUACAUGGGUAGAUUCAUCAAAGAUAAAGAGGAAGGUGUUAGAAUAUAAUGACAAGUUGGACGAUUAUGAUGCAAUGAACUGAGAAGAGUACAUGAGAAGGUUAUUCCCCUAACUUCCUGUAAGAAGAGAAAGUUCUCUUGAUAUUCAUCUGUGAAGGAUUUGGUUGUGACAGAGAAAGUUGGUCCUUGUUCUUGACCUUCGGAUGAAAAGUCAUGUUUCUUUAUAAAGAAAUUCUCUGUUUUCUGCCUCUAA